UGCCGCGGACGCAAUACGGUUGCAGAAAACGCGCUAAUCGUGUGUUCCAUUUUCAAAACUGUUUGUUUUGUGCAUCGAAUUUUGUGUUGUGUUUUUUUUUAUUUAAAAAUUUAGAUGGAUUCACCAACAUGUAUCACAGAGUGAGACGAAAGAUGAGUUUAAGGAUACGAUAUGGUUUAAUAUUAUUAAGUUAUUUAUCUCUAGUCUUAAGUAAAUCUAUCGAUAUCAAACGGGGGUUUGGCACCGACCUCGACGACAUCGACAACGAUAUUGUCGAUUUCGACGAUGAAUAUUAUUUUAAAUAUAACAAGAAGCUAGGAAUGACUCCGUGGAGUGCCAAUGAUUACCAUAAGGACUCCUACAAAUACACGAUAGUGAACCACGAGGUAACAGAGUCGAUGAAAACGAAAAAUAAGACAGAAGAAGACAGAAGAAAAGAUCUAAAUAAGAACGAUACAAGUAUUAAUCUCCAAGCAAUUCUGCAGGAGAAGACGACAGAGCUCAGUGUCAUUCCCUUAGAGUUACUGAGUACGACAGAUAUACCUGUGGAGGUUGAAAGCACCACGGAAGAUUUGACUGUGAUACCCUUGAGCACCGAAAAGGUUCCCACCAAAAUAACUAUAAACCAAACGGUGACGGUGCCGGCGUCGACGGAGAUGUCCGAAGAUUUUAAUUUGACCACAGGGUUCUUUGAGUUGACUACUAAACCUUAUUUAAACGAAACCACCACUGACCCGGAGAAAAAUGUAACGGAAGAGGUCACAACAAAUCCAAUUCAUGAAACUGCUGAACUACCGAGCUCCAAGGAAGCUGCUCAUAAGCGUGAAUCUAAAAAUAUAAAGGAAAUCGAUGAUAGCGAAGAAAGUAUAGAUACAAACGAAGACGUACCGAUAUUCACAGAAUUAGAUACAGAAGACGUAGAAGAGGUUCCAGAAGAUUACUACGAUUCAAAAGAUGUAGUUCCGACCAGCGCACCAAAAACUGACGCGCUGUCAGUGCUAUUCGGUUUCGCUGGGAGUGUAGUCGGGAGUGUUAUGGAGACUGUGGCCGAGAGAGUCAUGCCUAAGGGACUUAUGGAUUUGUUCAAAAGGAUGCAAAAGCAGAAUGAAGCGUUAGAAGCUGAAAAGCUGAGAAGUCGAGAAGAAAAUGGCGGUAUUGGGCAGUUCACUCGAGGAGUCAUCAAGUCCAUUUCCUCCGGUCUCAGCAAGCCCCUCACCCAGCUGAUGGCUGGAGCUAGAGACAACGGCUCCCUGGACAGCGAUCACGGGUUCGUCAGCAGUUUGGCUUCCGGAGUCAGCAGCGUCGCCAACGUCGCUAACUCUAUGGUGGACUUGUUUAAGGACAGAGUCCAGGCAAUAUAUCCCGGUACGGUGUGGUGUGGAGACGGACGGUCAUCAUCAGCCCGCUCCGGGGAGCUGGGGCUGUUCUUCUUCACGGACACCUGCUGCCGGCAGCACGACGCCUGCAAGCUGUACAUCCUGGCCGGGGAGACCAAGUUCGGGCUCACCAACACGGGGCUAUUCACAAGGUCUCACUGCAGCUGCGACGCAAAGUUCCGGUCGUGCCUGCAGCGCACCAACUCGCUGGUGUCGUCGCAGAUCGGCCUCACGUACUUCAACGUGCUCGGCCCGCAGUGCUUCCGCCGCGCCCACCCCAUCGUGCGCUGCGUGAGGCGCACGAGGAUAACGGGACAGAGGUGCGAGGAGUACGAGCUGGACGUCACCAAGCCGAAGAUGUGGCAGUGGUUCGACAACGAGACCUUCUGAGCCAGGAGUCAGGACAGACUUGGCCCCUGGAACCGUACCAUAUGCAGUCAAAACAUACAAACAUUUGUGAAGAAAAAUUAAGUUUGUUGAUGAAUUGUAAAGUACAAAUUUUUAGUUUCUCGACGCAGAAAAAAACGAUAAUCUUGAUUUUUAUACAUGCACUUUGCAUCCGUUACAGUCAAACCUGGA